AUGCGGCUAAUUUUGCUGGCCCUGCCGGUGGUGUUGGCCCAGUUCAAUGUGCCCUACUACGAAUUUGCGCCCGAAGAUGAGCUGCUGUUUGUGCAAGUGGCCUGGCGUCAUGGCGAUAGGGCUCCGACAAUGACUUAUCCGACCGAUCAACACCAAGAAAAUAUUUGGCCAAAUGGAUGGGGCGAGCUGACACCGCUGGGGAUGCGCCAGCAAUACGCGCUCGGCAGGGUGUUGCGCGCUCGUUAUAUGAACGAGACGAAUCCCUUCUUGAACCCGCGGUACUUCGCCAAGCAGGUGUACAUCCGGUCUACCGACGUCAAUCGCACUUUGAUCUCUGCUUAUGCCAACACAGCUGGAAUGUUUUCUGGAGGUGAAAAGGGAACGGACUAUCCAACCUAUGGACGAUGGCCCACUAAUUGGACACCAGUCCCGGUCCAUACCAUCGAUGUCGAUACUGAUCAUGUCGGCAACAUCUUCGCCCCGUGCAAGCGCGCCGAAGAGCUCGACGAACAACUACGCAACAGCAAGCCGUUCAAGAAGCUUGAAGCCGAUAACGAGGAUUUCCUCCAAUACAUCAAAGAGAAGACCGGCAUGGAAGUGGAUUUGCGCAACAUCUACUUGAUCAACGACGUGCACCACAUCGAGAUGAUCUACAACUUGAGCCAACCCGCGUGGCUAACGGAUGAAGUUUCUGCCAAGCUUCGAAACUUGACGCUAAAGGCGAACGAGUAUACUUACGGCAUCGGAAAACCGUACGUCCCGGAACUCAUCAGACUGCGUGGAGGAAACAUCCUGAAAUCCAUCGUGAACAACAUGCAGCAGAAAGUCCGCUGUCAAUUGAAGGCUAACAAGGGUCCGGAAUGCGCUUGGUUGGGUGACCUGAAAUACUACGCCUACUCCGCGCACGAUACCACCGUGGCCGCCUUGCUGACGACGCUCGGCAAUGAGCGUCAAGUGAUUCGCGGAGGAUUGCCGAAAUACACCGCGUCCGUUGCAUUUGAGCUGUGGAUGCUGAAAGACGGUCCGGCCGUACGGAUUCUUUAUCAUACCGCCUUCCAUCAUAACUACCAUCCCAUCACGCACCUUACCCAUGGUUGCCCAACUGAUUCCGAAUUCUGCCCACUCAAGCAAUUCGUGGAACGAUCACAGAAGUUCAUGCCCGAGGACAUCGUCCUCGAAUGCAAGAAAGCCAUCGCCCCCGGUUUUGAUGAAAGCAUCCUCACCAACCGCGUGCAGCCG